AUGAAUAAAAAUAUACGGGAAUGGUUUGUUUGUGGUAUUGUUUUAGCUGCAUCUGCACUUCAGGGACAUGACAGACUUUAUCCCAGAGGGAGCCCUUCCAGAAAUUCUCAAAGGCCCAAGACAAGCCCAGGCCUAAGAGGGGGUUUGGAAAUAGUUUUCAACCAGCAAUAGACGCGCCUCGGUUAGAACCUCACUAGCUGCGUCAUUGC